UUGUUCCAACCAGUGGUCGUUAACACAAACGAACCCCAGUUGGAGACCGACUUGAAUCUCUACCAGUCGGCUUCAACAUUCUUCUCUGACCUCGAAGUAUCCAGAGCCAAGUUAAUGGCACAAAUUAUCGCACCUGUAUGGCCAAUGGAUGACAUGGAGAUUGAGCAUAAAGGCAGAGACGGUAGGGAAACAAAGGGAAAGGUAAAUGGUCGGCCUGCUCUCCUUCUCGGAGCCACUCAGACCUCUUUCAAACGCGAAAUUAGGCCUCAUACGGCGUACACCAUCAAAUCACGAAUUCUGGGCUGGGAUUCGCGUUGGAUAUAUGUCGGAUCUUGGAUCCACAAUGAAGCUUCAUUGACAAAGAAGAUUUAUGCAACUAGUCUGUCGAAAUACAUUAUCAAGAAGGGACGCAUAACUGUUCGCCCGGAGCAGUUCUUUAUGGAGUGUGGGUGGAUCUCUGCCCAAGAU